UUUGCCUUCCUCAGAUCAAUGCCCUGGCCACUCACUUUCUGAUGUUGCACGACGGGAAAUGCUUUGAAUACUUGCGACAUGGCUGCGCGCAUUGAUUGCCAAGAUUGACAGCAGCUCUACCCAUCGUCUUCUCUUGUCUGAGUGAGAGAGAGGUAGAGAUAGAGAGAGAUAGAGAGAGGGAGCGAAUAGAGAGAGAGAGAGAAACAGAGAGAUAAAGAACAGAUAGGCGAACAACAAAAGGUACUUGUAGUUUCGGACAGCUGAACUUCACAGAGAGUGUGCGGGAUCCCCUCGCAUGGCCCCGUGUGAGCAGACUUGAAGUUUUUUGUUUUUUUUUUUCUAUUUUUUUUUUCCGCUCAACAGAUAGCUUUCAGUGUAGCCCUCGUCCGGCAGUCUUUACGCACCGGGGGGAAAAAAAAGGACGCACAGAUAUCUUCGCCACGGCUUCAGAUCGUCAAGGUUUUUACAUGAAUUCAAAAUCAACCAACCAGUGAUCGCUGGGAGCUGGGGAUUGAGUCUUUCAGUUUUUAACCCCCACACGCUGACAUGGAGGGCUUUCUUCGUAGCAGCUUUUUACUGAGCAGAGUCAUGUCUUCCAAGCAAGCCACGUCUCCUUUCGCCUCUGUAGUCGAUGGGGAUGAUGCCAUGAGUCAGGAGCACUUGUCUUGGGAGAAAGAGGAGAGCGCCGAGGCCCACGGCACGCCACAGCUGCCCCUGCACAGUCUGCUCCAUGGAAAAGCCCAUCCCGAUGAAAUGCAGCCGCUCAGUAGUGUACCGCCGGAGAGCGACUGGGACAGCCUGGUGUCAGCCCAACAGCGCAUGGAAUCUGACAGCAAUAAAGUAUGUUCCCUGUACUCCUUCCGGAACAAUUCCACUUCCCCACACAAGCCGGAGGAGGGGGCCCGGGAGCGAAGCGACCUGCUGAGCGGAUCAGCGUUUGGAACUCCGGAGCGCCGCAAAGGAAGCCUGGCAGACGUAGUGGACACACUGAAGCAGAAGAAGCUGGAGGAGAUGACAAAGACAGAGCAAGACGAUUCAUCAUGCAUGGAGAAACUUCUUUCUAAAGACUGGAAAGAGAAGAUGGAGAGGCUCAACACCAGUGAACUGCUGGCAGAAGUCAAAGGUACUCCGGAGAGCCUGGCAGAAAAGGAGCACCAGCUCUCCACAAUGAUCACCCAGCUGAUCAGCCUGCGAGAGCAGCUCCUGGCUGCCCACGACGAACAGAAGAAGCUCGCCGCCUCACAAAUGGAGAAACAGAGGCAGCAAAUGGAGUUAGCUCGUCAGCAGCAGGAGCAGAUUGCAAGACAACAGCAGCAGCUUCUGCAGCAGCAGCACAAAAUCAACCUCCUCCAACAGCAGAUCCAGGUCCAGGGUCACAUGCCUCCGCUCAUGAUCCCCAUUUUUCCACACGACCAACGCACUCUGGCAGCAGCAGCCGCCGCCCAGCAAGGCUUUCUCUUCCCUCCGGGAAUGUCUUAUAAGCCAGGUGAUAACUACCCGGUGCAGUUCAUUCCAUCCACCAUGGCAGCUGCAGCAGCGUCAGGACUCAGCCCCCUCCAGCUUCAGCAACUGUAUGCCGCCCAGCUUGCCAGCAUGCAGGUCUCUCCUGGAGCCAAGAUGCCUCCACUGCCCCAGCCCCUCAAUACCAGUGGGCCCAUCUCUCCCUCAUCACUGAAGAAUGACAAGAGUUCAUCCAGCCCCAUCACUCAAGUCAAGGAGGAGGGAACACAGCCGCUCAACCUGUCUGCUCGGCCAAAGACGACAGAUAUGGUCAAAUCCCCGACAUCCCCGACACAAAACCUGUUCCUCGGCAGUAAAAGCAGCCCCAACAGCCUCCUCAGCAAGGGUGGCAUCCCCAGCCCACUCGGAGGAGGUCUGGGUCGUGGCUCGUCUCUGGAUAUUCUGUCCAGCCUAAACUCCACUGCGCUGUUCGGGGACCAGGACACGGUGAUGAAGGCCAUCCAGGAGGCUCGGAAAAUGAGGGAGCAGAUCCAGAGGGAACAACUGCAACAUCACCAGCAGGGCAUGGAGGCGAAGCUGUCCGCCCUCAGCUCAGUGGGCCUCAACAACUGCAGAGUUGACAAGGAGAGGGCGCACUUUGAGAGCCUCGGGCACCACCUCGGCAAGCUGGGUGAGGAAGGAAAGAUCGGCCACAGAGUUAUUGACCUGACCAGGCCUGAGGACCUAGAUGGGUCCAAGGAAAUAAAUGGCUCUGCAGAUAAACCCCAACCCUAUUAUUGUUGGCCAACAGGAGGCACUGGAUCUACAGAGGCACGAGUCUUCAGGGAAGCCCGAGGAAGGAACAACAACGAGCCCCACAUUAAAAGGCCAAUGAACGCAUUCAUGGUGUGGGCCAAGGACGAGCGGCGCAAGAUCCUCCAGGCCUUCCCUGACAUGCACAACUCCAACAUAAGCAAGAUUUUGGGUUCACGGUGGAAGUCUAUGUCAAACCAGGACAAGCAGCCAUACUACGAGGAACAGGCCCGCCUGAGUAAGCUCCACCUAGAGAAGUACCCAAACUACAAAUACAAGCCUCGGCCCAAGAGGACCUGCAUCAUCGAUGGAAAAAAACUCCGCAUUGGCGAGUACAAGCAGAUGAUGCGCUCACGGCGACAAGAGAUGAGGCAGUUCUUCACUGUCGGGCAGCCGCCACAGCUUCCCAUCACCACCAGCGCCAGUAUGGUCUACCCUGGGGCCAUCACCAUGGCGACCACAACACCCUCACCUCAGAUGACAUCCGAGUGCUCGAGUGCCUCAGCGAGUCCGGAGCCAUCCAUUCCCGUCAUCCAGAGCACCUACAACAUGAAGCUAGAGCCCAGCACCAUGGCGAACAACAGCGAGCCGGUCAACGGUGAGGACGAGAUGGACAUGUACGAGGAUUUUGAGGACGAGCCCAAAUCAGACUAUAGUAGUGAAAAUGACACACAAGAGCCGGUCAGCGCCAACUAAGACCUCUUUGAUGGAAGAGGCCGAUGCAGACACAACACUCGUACAGGAGGAUGCCCAGAGGGCUGGUCUGACAUGAUAUGAGGGAGUGAAAGAGCAAAAGAAAAACGACACCACAAAGGUUUUAAAAAUUAAAAAAAAAAAAAGAAUAAUAAUAACUGAUGUAUCAUUUAGGAGCCAGCAUGCAGGUGUGGCUCCAUCUGAAUCAAAAGCUAUUUGGUCUUAAGUGUUUCUUCAAGUGUGUGAAGCAGUUUGGUUGUGGUAAUUUAGAUCUUUUUUUUUUUUCAUGUCAUUGUUUUUUUUCAUUGUGAUCAUGGACAUUUACACAAUUAGGUCAUUGCCUAGAACUAAAGAUGGAACUUGAAAUUGCAUAUUUGAUAUGAACCUAUAAUUCUUACAGUCAUUUACCUUGCUUUUCCUCUUCAAUUAGGUGAUUUUGAUAUAUUGCAUAACUGUUCAAGAUGGGAAUAUUAUUCUCACUCAGGUAUAGUGUGCCAGCCAACAGCUUGUGAAUGUUUUUAAUCAAGAAUCAAUUGUUACCAGAACAAAAUAUCUCAAAAUUCA